ACCAAACGAAGAUGCAGUACAAUCAGCAGCCGGCGGGAGCGCCGGGCUAUCCCCACCAGAUGCCCCCACCGAGCUACGAGCAGGUGGUGCACGUGCAGGCGCCAGUUCGGGUGGUUCACCACACGGCAGCACCUCCGCCCGUGGUGAUCAUACACCAUCAAACUGUAUUGCCGGUGGGUCCGGAUCCCACCUUCAUCACCUGCCCGCAUUGCCACGUCCAGAAACUGACCCGCGUGGAGUACUCGCCCAGCGUGAAAACGCACUGCAUGGCCGCCAUUCUCUGCAUCGUUGGCCUCUGGUGUUGUGCCUGCCUGCCUUACUGCGCCACCAGCUGCAUGAACGCCAAUCACUUCUGCGGCAAUUGCAAUAAGUUCGUCGGCGUCUACAACAGCGAUUAGUACUACCAGCCGAGUAAACAGAACCAAACGAACCCAACCCAAUCGAACCGAUCACCGAUCACCGAUCAACGCUCACAACGAUCACAACCUCAACACACCCACUCACAAAUCAUCCACGAAUGCGAACAUUUUUGGCCAGGUGUCGACAGACCGACAGCUGUACGAUGAAAU